UGUUUUUUUUCCAUUAAAUUCUUUUUGUGCUUUUCUGUUUGUCUCUUAGGUGUAGUUUUGUUCUUGUGCUGUUGCAAUUUUUUGGGCUAUUAUUUGUCAAGACCCUAGAAUUCUAGAAGCUUCUGUUAUAUUGUUUGGAGAAUUUAAGUUAAUUGAAUAAUUCAGAUAUUUGCAUUAAUUUUUAUAUAUUUAUAUGGUCAAUUGAGGGUUUUUGAUUCUAUGUGAUUUUAGGGCAUUUUGUUGUGAAGAUGGCAGCACCAAGCACUCAGCAUACACAGAUUAUUGAAGUCAGUGGAGAUCUUCCUGAUGUAGUAAGGAAAGUUUGUGGGGAAGCAACAUGUGAGUUCUCAGGUGCUGGUGCCAUCUCAAAGGAUGCUGAAGAACGAUCAACAUCGAUGCGGAAGCUUCUGAUAGCAGUGAUUCUUUGCGUUAUUUUCAUGGUUGUUGAGGUUGUUGGUGGUAUUAAGGCAAACAGUCUUGCAAUAUUGACUGAUGCUGCGCAUUUGCUUUCCGAUGUUGCAGCAUUUGCCAUCUCCUUAUUUUCUAUAUGGGCCGGGGGAUGGGAACCAAAUCCUCGUCAGUCGUUUGGAUUUUUUAGAAUAGAGAUUCUUGGCGCUUUGGUUUCUAUGCAAAUGAUAUGGCUGCUUGCUGGGAUUCUUGUGUAUGAAGCCAUUGCUAGACUCAUUGCAGGUCCUCAAAAUGUGGAUGGGUUUUUAAUGUUUGUAGUUGCUGCAUUUGGUCUUGUGGUUAACAUCAUUAUGGCUUUGGUAUUGGGUCAUGAUCACGGACACGGCCAUGGCCACGGACAUGGACAUGAUCACGGUCACGGACAUGAUCACGGACAUGGACAUGAUCAUCACGGCCAUAUCCAUGGUGUUUCAGUUUCUACUAAUCAUGAUAUAAAGCAAACACAAGAUGAGCAUCAUCACGCACACAGUGAUCACACUCACCCUCAUGAUGUUGAAAAGCAUUCGAAGGAUGCACACCUCCAUACUCAUGAAAAUCCCACGCAGGAUCUCAAAGAGCACAAAGAGCGUGCUGUCCCACUUCUUGGUGAAUCAAAAGUCAGUGAUGAGAAGAAGAAACGCAACAUAAACGUACACGGGGCUUAUCUCCAUGUACUUGGGGAUUCUAUCCAGAGUGUCGGAGUAAUGAUUGGCGGAGCAAUCAUAUGGUAUAAACCUGAAUGGAAAAUAGUUGAUUUAAUUUGCACUCUAAUCUUUUCUGUGAUUGUUUUGGCCACAACUAUCAACAUGCUGCGAAACAUUUUGGAAGUCCUGAUGGAGAGCACGCCGCGUGAGAUAGAUGCUACUCAACUUCAAAAGGGCCUAUUGGAGAUGGAAGAAGUGGUGGCUAUUCAUGAGCUUCACAUAUGGGCUAUUACAGUUGGGAAGGUAUUGCUAGCCUGCCAUGUUAAAAUUAAUCCUGAAGCUGAUGCUGACGCGAUGUUGGACAAAGUUAUAGACUACAUCAAGAGGGUGCAUAACAUUAGUCAUGUAACUAUCCAGAUAGAACGCUAGUUUUUCUUUUUGAAUCUUUUUAUGUGUAGUGAUGCUUUGCUGGGAGGGAUUUAGUUAGACUAGAUGCAAUUAUGUUUCUGGAACUCAACUUUAUCUUAAGACAAUAAAACUUGUGUCCACUCCUUGUUUUUGGCCGUUUAAGAGUGUGAAUAUGAAUGUUGUACAUUUCCAUGCUAAA